ACUGAGCGAUGUUGUAAACGAUAUCGUCCAGGAUCUUGCAAAAGAUUUAGGAGUAGCAACAUCCAGAAGUAUGCUGUUUGAUCUUCCCUGCAGCAGCUCAGAACAUACAACCAACAACCCGCAGGACCAUACAUCAUUAUUGUUAUUCAUAGACACUGAACAAUUUGCAGUAUUAUGAACGAUUUGUCAUUCUGAUCCGUCAGAAACGUCCAAAUCGCUCAUAAUAUCGUCUAGUGUAUGGCCACCUUACAUGUGCUCACACGUUACAACGAUUUUCGGGAAAAUGGAACGAUUUAGAAGUAUCUGAGUGAUAAAUCAAUUGGAAAAGGACAUAUCAUUCAGCAUUCCUGAACGAUAACGAUCCGAUGCGCGGUCCCGUUGCUUGUUAGACUCGUGCUCUGAUCUUCCCUCCUGAAGAUAGCAAGGACUGUAUCUUGGAGAGUUUGUCAUUGCCAGAAAGUUCGGUUGCUGCUUCUGAUCCAGAUGGCUUGUCUCUGCCAUGUAUGCUUUGUGAACAUUCUUACAAGAUAACGGACAAGGACAGUCUUCUCAAACACAUGGUUAUUGAGCAUAAGCUUGUAAUUGCUGAUGUAAAAUUAAUAGCAAAUUUCAAGAGAUAUGCCAUUUAUUGGAAGAAAAGAUUUACAGAACAGGCAAUCACCGAUUUCUGUUCAGUUAUAAAGACCAACUCUGAAGCUUCAGAAGAUCAGCAAGAAAACUUCUUCCUCCUGUGUGAUGUUCUCCCAGAAGACAGGGUUUUACGGGAACAGCUCCAACAGGAGAGGCUGAAAAUUAUUUUGGAACAGCAGCAGCAUGAAAGAUCAGACACACGUUUUCAGCGGCUAUGCAUGUUUUGCAGUGAGGAAUUUAAAGGAAACAGAUCCAUUCUGUUCAAUCACAUGAAUAAGGAGCACUCGUUCAAUGUUGGGCUGCCAGAUAACCUUGUAUACUGCAAUGAGUUACUGGAUACAUUAGAGAGGAAAAUGGACAAUCUGCAGUGUUUAUACUGUGAAAAAAAAUUUAGAGACAAAAAUACUCUAAAGGAUCAUAUGAGGAAAAAGCAACAUCGCAAAAUCAAUGCCCAAAACCAUGAAUAUGACCAAUUCUACAUCAUAAACUAUCUGGAAUUGGGGAAGAAUUGGGAGGAAGUGCAAUCUGAAGAUGACGCGGAGAUAAGAGACACCAAUGAACAGGAUUGGUCUGACUGGGAAGAACACCCAGUGUCUGCAGUCUGUCUGUUUUGUGACAAACAGGCUGAUACAACUGAAAAAUUACUGUGUCACAUGAAGGACAGUCACAAUUUUGAUCUUCAGAAAAUGAAAACAGACCUUGGACUGAAGUUCUAUCAGCAAGUCAAAUUAGUGAAUUAUAUUAGAAGGCAAAUCUAUCAGUGUCGGUGCCACGGCUGUCAGGAGAAGUUUCCGUCGAAAACAGAAUUAAUAACUCACAUGGAAGGAGCCAGACACCUAGGAGUUCUUCCGGAGAGAUCCUUGUGGGAUCAGCCGCAGUACUACUUUCCAACCUAUGAAAAUGAUUCCCUCCUGUGCACUCUGUCUGACAGUGAGGAGGACGUAACAGCGCAAGAUCAGGGCGAAGAGAUCCCAGUUAUUGGAGAAGAUCUUUCAAGUCUUGAAGCACUAAAGCAGGCCAGCAUAUUAAACCAACUUAUACAUGACAGGGGGUUGAGGAGCUAAGUGUAUAAUAUGCACACAGCAUAUUUGUGCGUCUCAUAUUAGGAGGAUCCUGAGAAAUGUUACCAGACUGACUGAAUAUGAAACGAACACUGUGAAACAAAAUCGGACAGAAUGAAAUUUCACAUGGCCCCAGCAGGUGUUCAUCUUUAUAUAGAUCUCUCUUUAUUCCAUAUUUCACCUACUCCUGUAAAAUGAAGACUGCAUGCUGUGUAGGUGUCAGCCGCUCGGGCACGGCACAGGGGAAUACGGUGUGCAUAGCUGUCAAGAUACUUGUCACCUAAUUAAGCAAAUGAAUUCCAUAUCAGUUCAAUACACUAGCUUAAUUGCUGCGCUUAUAUCAUUGUAGACAGAUAUUCAUGCUUAACUAAAAUAGGCAAUGUUUCAGUAAUGCUUCACGAGAUCAGACAUUUGUGUGUCUAUAUACAAAAUAUAUAUAUAUAUAUAUGCAAAAAAGACUUUACCCUUCUCACGCGCUUCACAAGAGCAGCACCUCACAGUAAAACCCCUGUUAGCGGGAAAACAAUGUAGAAAGAAUGACCCAGAGGGCGCUAAAAUAUCACAGCCAAUUGUCCAUAAAGCAAGUCUAUAUAGGUUGGUAUUCGGUUCUUCCGACCCCCCCGUAUUUCUAUUGGACUCGAUUGGGAAUUCCAAACAGGAAUCAAUCUCUUGUUCUCUUUAGAAUCCGAUGCUCUGUUAUACUCAACCAGGUAUUUCUCCUAGAAAAUAGCCUCUCACCAGAGACGUAUAGACACCCAAAAAUAAAACCAAUUGGCUGUGAUAUUUUAGCGCCCUCUGGGUCAUUCUUUAUAUAUAUAUAUAUUUGUGUAUGUGCAGCUGUGUGUGUGUGUGUGUGUGUGUGUGUGUGUGUGUGUAUGUGUGUAUAUAUAUGUAGAUAUAUAUAUAUAUAUACACACGCGCGCACACAUAUAAACUGAAUCAUUGUUCUUGGGUUAAACGGUCUGUGCAGAGAAUGUCAGUGACAGCAGCAGCCUCACUGUGCUAAUCUGUACAAGGGAAGACAACCACGCUGUUAGACUGAUGCACAGUGACAAAUGAGCAGCAUAUGUCUAACAUUGUUAUAUUACUCUAGCAUCAUAUCUUAAAGGCAUGAAAAAAGGGUACCAAAAAGCAUGUAUGAUAACAGUGAAGCUGAUUCAGCAGUCAUCCCAAUUUGUUUUUAUUACUUUUAUUUUUGUGCAAUGUUACACAACAGAUUCCAGUACAAUGGCAACAUACAUAUCUGAUUAAUAUGUCUGGACUAGCAUGGCCUUAUUGUAACUGACACUAAAAUAUCAGUAGCCAUAAUCAACAUGUUUACAAUGUGAAGGAGGUAUUGGGAGAUAGCACACUGUGAACUUUGAGGUAAUUCUAUUGCCGUUGUAUGCAUAGCCAUGUGUUUGCAUGAAUUCUAUGAUUAGUAAGUUAGGGUAAAUAAAAUGAACUAAGACAUUAUAUAAGUAGGUGCAAAGGUCUUCUGGUGAGUCAUCCUAGACCUACUGAAAAUGUACCAUGUUUGGGUGAACUUGUGUGACUUGCUUCAAGUAUGCUUUGCUCGUUUUCCAGAGCGGCUUGUUGUCAGAUCUUGCUCUGUAUUAGGCAUGGAAAGGAGGCAUCUAAGGAAUUCCAGUGAAGAGAACCUGGACAUCUGGCCGCGUGUAGAACUUGUAUAUCUAAUUUGCUGGUUUGCCUGUCUUGCCCAUCAGUUUUGUAAGCCCAGGAGUCAGGUUCCAGAGUUUUUAGUGGUCGGGGCUCUAAUUACAUCACUAUAGGUAUCAGAUAUGAUCUCCCAGAAUGCAGCUAUUUUAUGGCAGCUUAAUCAUAUACAGAGAAAUGUACUGCUUUCCCUACAGCCUCCCCAACAUUUAGUGGAAUCAGAAUCCCAAAUCCUAUGUUACCUGGUGGGGACUUGAUACCACCUUUUAGUAUACUUUAUAUGAUUUCUCUUUAAUGUGGGUGGAGAUGGAUAAUUUUAAAAUGUCAUCUUCUGGUUAACAAAAUGUCUGUCCUAUUUAUUGCAUGGUCUUGUUUUCAAUACCUCGACUUCUGAUACCGUUAUGAAGCUUUUGUUAAAACAUGGUGGAAAUGUGCCAUAUGGUGCUGAUGAGGGCAAGUAUAUUAUUUUCUAUUCCAGUGGUUUGUAACAGAAAACACUAGUACAGUUUAGUUUUGGUGUGGAAUCUCCACUUAGACAUAGAACUGAAGACACCAAUAUAUGAUGAUGGUUUUGGACCAGUUCAAUUUGGAGAUAACAUUUGUUGAUAGACCGCCUCAGUUUGGUACACAUAAUGGUAGAUUGGUUUCUGGUCCAGUUUCCAAAUAUGAAGAUAAAUAUUUGCAACAACAAAAAAAAAAAAAUCCUUACUAGUAUGUAAUUUAUUUUGUAGUGUGUCUUCAAUUACCAAGCUUCACACUGGAAGUAUGUGGUGUGGGAUUGCCAAGUGCUAUUUGUUGAAUUGAUGAACCAAACUGAAGUGAGCUCACCGUUUCUCCAAGGUCUUUUAUGUCAGGACUGAUAUUCACAAAAACACAUGCCUGAAAAGCAACAAAGAAACAAAAUAGUACAAAUAUAAUUGUGUGUAAAAAUGAGACACAGGUAUUGAAAGGAGGUGUAACAAAGACAUCACAACUUUAAAUUAGUCUAUUAGCUAUUUUAAAGUCGUGAACAAAAAUUUCCACCUCUUUAAAAUGGUGCUGCACCAAGUCUUUAAGGAAUUUAAAAAAAAAGAAAUCUUAGUAUAAAUCAAUUGUGUUAUUUAGUUCUGGUUAACUGGUAACAUCAACAAUAAAUGAGAAUUAAUUCUGUUCAAACAAAUUGAUAACUAAAUGGGAUCCCUGUAUACUGUGCAUUGUAAAGAAAAUGCAUUAAAAUAAUAUUGUUUUUA